AUUCAACGAAUUCAAAACGAAAACGGCGUUAUUUAAAUAGUUGGUCAUGUCGCUGGAGGAUCCUUUCUUUGUGGUUAAAGACGAGGUUUUCAAAGCUUUAAAUAAAACCCGUGGCCUCUAUCUACGUUGGCGUGAAUUGGGUGAAAAUUGCAACAGUGCGGAAGCUGAAUGGACCACAAAUGAGCUAAGGAAUUCAUUGCGUAGCAUUGAAUGGGAUUUGGAGGAUUUAGAAGAUACAAUCAGCAUAGUCGAAAAGAAUCCUAGUAAAUUUCGCAUCGAUAAUCGUGAACUAUCUAGUCGCCGGCACUUUAUCGACAACACACGCGAUGAAGUCAAACAGAUGAAAGAGAAGAUGAGCAUUAAUCGCUCACGAGACAGAGAUAUAACGGCACAUCAACCAUUAUUACAACAACAACAACAGCACGAACAAGAGCACGAACACAAUUUGGAAAGCGUGAGAGAAACUCUCAACACCGAUACCGAUCCCGACAAAUAUAAAACCACGCAAAACGAUCGAAAUUCAACGAAUUACAGCUAUCAUCAACAGUCGUCGAAUACGAACGGCAACAGUGAUCGGCAACAUUUGGUCGAUUGUCCCUCGUCACAUUCCCUAUUGAACGGUGGUAGUAGUACGGUUGGUGCUGUAGUAGCCGGUACAAUGGCAGCGGUACGACACAGUGGAGCUAAAUACUCCAAAUUGGAGAAUACAAUAGAUAGUCCGGGUCAUUAUAAUUCAUUGGAUAGUCCAUCGCAUCGAUUUGUCGGCGAGACGGUGUCGGUGCAACAGCGUAUGAUGCAGGGCCAAGACGAGCAAUUGGAUAUGAUAAGUGAUUCGAUAGGAACUUUAAAGACUGUAUCACGUCAAAUUGGCGUUGAAUUGGAUGAGCAGGCAGUAAUGCUGGAUGACUUUGGUAAUGAAUUUGAGACAACAGAAUCAAAAUUGGAUUCAACAAUGAAGAAAAUGGCUAAAGUUUUACACAUGAAUAAUGAUAAACGUCAAUGGGCUGCAAUAUUAAUAUUAUCAGCGCUUUUAUUAAUUGUGAUAAUUUUAUUUAUAAUUUUGUAAAUCAUUUAAAUACGUUUUUAUUU